UAGGUCAGAUUCAAAACCACGAUAAUUGAGAAAGAGAAGAGGGAAGAAGGAGAAGCAUAAAGAAGGAAUCUUUUUCAUUCUGUAGUAGCCUCUCUCCCUCAUUUCUCUCUUUUUCUGUUUUAUGAAAAAGCCGCAUCCUUUCUUUCAUUCUCCUUCUUUAUGGCUUUGUUGUUUCAAAAGAACUUCGAUAUUGAAAGUAUCAAUUUUUCUGUCUCGGUCAGUAGAUGUUGAUCUCUCUCUCUCCCCCUGUAGAUCUAUCUGCUGAAACAAAAGCAGAUAGUAUUGAAGAGAUAUUUGAGAGAGAGAGAUCUGCGCUUGGGAAGAAAGAGGCAAAUCUAUCUGCUUUUACAAAAACAUGGUUAGAACUUUACUACUACGAAGAAGAUCUAGAAGAGGAUCUAACAAGUACCCAUUUGCAGAAAAAUGGAGAAUUCAUCAGGGAGAAAAGAAACCUAGUAUUUCACUUUUCACGACAAGACCCCAGCAGCCAAAUCCCCGAAGAAAUUUUCAAGAGGCUGUGGUGGUUCAUGGAUUGGAGAUAUUCAUCAUGUAUAGUACAGACACUUAAAACUCAUUGCUUGGAUACAAAACGUUCAAUAUCAGGCUAUUGCAUUUUCUUUAGACAAUCUCUUAUCUUCUGGAAAUCCAAGAAACAACAAAUAGUGUCACGAUCUUCAAUCAAAGCAGACUAUCGAGCUAUGGCAAAUGCAACAUGUGAAUUCAUUUGGUUUCAUUGCAUCCUUCGCGACUUCAGCCUCGAGGCUUACGCCUCACUUGCAUAGCACACUAUGAGAUUUUUCAUGAAGAGCAUAAUUCCCCAUGGGGGUUUUCGCAAAUACUAUUCUCAUCGGAAGAAGAAGCAUCUUGAGGUGUAUCAUACUUGUUUGGAAGGUUUAGUGCAUAUUCGAGCUCGCUUAGCUGUAGCUGCCUAUCCUGGCAAACAGGUGAAUGCACGCAUUAUUGGUGUAGCGGUGGAUUAUGAUUCUCGAAAAUCAAGAUUUUUCAGCGAUGUGGUUCAAUUUCAGCAUGGUGCGGGAAACAUUCCCAUGGUCUUAGAAGUGGGGAUAUGUGGUAUGGAGCUUGGCCAUGUAAGAGACAUCAGGCUCACAUAUUCUAGACUGAAGAAUGGUGGUACUACUGUCAAGUAUGAAAAAGAAGCUACCAUGAGAUAUUUUCUUGGAAAUCAUUACGAAAAAAUUCAAAGAAUUCAACGCAGACGCAAAAUUCGAUAUGUGAAGUACUACGUUAAGGUGAUUAGUUUGCGGUGAUAUCCAAACAAUUGGCUGAAGAAAGACUUUAAACUUCUCCUUUAUUGACUUGUUUUGGCCUGUCCAUUAUUUUCUAUUCAUUAGAGAUAUAUGUGUUUGACUUUGACUUGAACUUUGAUCACACCAUAGCUCAAAGUGAAUCUUCCAUAUCAUUUGCUUGUGUUAUCAAACAAUUUCACCUAUUAUGUCUCCGUAAAACAACCAAUGAAUCCUUACUUGUCUAUAUUUGUCUAAACUUGUAAAACAAAUGAGUAACUUGUAUCCAUUAAUAAAAAAUACUCUCGUAUUAUAUUUUAUUAAAA